GACCGGCAGAGUGCCGGCGCACAUAAGAAGGAAAUCGCUCCUUCUCCAACUGCCGCACCGGCACGACGUGGGCAGCCUCCUGCCGAACAUUCCGCCAGCCGGAAGGACCGCCGCGGCAGGGCGGGGCUGACGCGACUCCGGCCAGCGAUUGGCGGAUCCAACGGGGAAGUCCCACCACUCAGGCGACGGCGGAGGAGGAUAAAAGGGCGCGCUUCCGGCUGGGAAGGGGAGGAGAAUAUCGUAGCGUCAAGACGGACUCCGUGCGUGUUUGCAGCGAUGUGCAAUCUCCGAUCACGACGGUAACCUCACGCCCCACGCUAAUCUCUCUCUCUCUCUCUCUCUCCCUCUCUUCAGAAGGCACAAGCGCGGACGAGACCGCCGGAUAGUGAGAGUCGCACACACGGAGGACGCCGGCCCGGGAAAACCCCCGCCCCGCCUCGGGAAUCCCGCCUCCGCCACGAGUAGACUCCGCCGGCCGCCACGCCUCCACAAAACCCCGCGCUUAUCCACUUAUAACCCAUUUACUUCACCCUAGCCACAAUAAACCACCGCUUACAACCAUCCUUCUGUCUCCUGUGGGUCUGUACGCCGCCCUUCCCCGGGCUAAUUCCUCACAACUGGUGGAGGAUGCGGGCAUAGUACAGACCCGCCUACCACACAAAAAAGAAGAAAAAAAAAAAAAAAAAAAAAAAAAAAAAAAAAUUUUUUUUUUACGCGUGAGAGAGAGGAAAAAAAAAAAAAAAAAAAAAAGGGAGCCCCCCCCCCAAAAUGGACCGCACCCUGCAAUACCUGCUGGAGGCCAGCCUCCAGCAGCACGCUGUGACACAGCAGCUCGCCGAGAGCCUUCAGGUCGCCAUACAGACACUGAUCGCCAUGAGGACUGAGGCCCCCGCCGCCUCCGUGCCUCUCCCCGACGCAAGCAGUGAGAUCCGCCGCCUACUACCCCCCCUCGGCCCCGAAGAGGACCUCGAGGCGUACUUCGAAGCCUUCGAGAGUAUCGCCCGCCGGGAGGGGUGGGACCGUGAAGAUUGGCCACGCGCCCUUGGCCCACUACUCACGGGAGAGGCCCGAACAGCCUACUAUGCCCUCGAGCCGGAGGAGGCCGCAGACUACCUGGCGAUGAAGGAGGGAGUCCUGGCAUGGUGUGGCCGAACCCCUGGCCAGGCAGCUACUGAAUUCCAUCGCUGGGUUUAUCGACCAGGUGCCCGACCACGGUGCCAGAUGAGCGCCCUCAUCCGGAUCACCAAACGAUGGCUCCGGCCGGAUCGGCAUACCGCCUCAGAGGUGGCAGAGAAAGUGGCGGUCGACCGUUUCCUGAGGGCGCUACCACGGGCAGAGAGACAGGCUGUGGGGGCACAUGCCACAACUACGCCCCAGGAACUCCUGACUGUCCUGGAGCGAACCUUGGCCACCCUAGAGCUCGACCCCGGGGAGCAGCAGCACCUCGAUCGGCCCCUCGGUGCCCAGGGGCCCCGGUCCGACCGCCAGACCCGGCCCUGCACCUGGAGGAACCCCCAGAGGGCGCCCACUUGGGAACACCCCCGAGAUGAGUCCAUGCCUACAGAGCCGGAGAGGGAAGCCGCCUGGCUGCCGACGAAACCAUGGCUCGCAGGCUGCGCCCUCCAUCAGCGGCAACCGCCGGAGGUGCCCUCUUUGACGGUGUGGGUCGAAGGGAAACCGGUAACCGCCCUACUGGACACCGGGAGCGCGGUGACCCUCGCCCAGCCCUCCAUCCUGCCUGACGGACACCGCCCAAGCGGGACGCUCACCAUGACCUGCGUCCAUGGGGACACCCGGGAAGUCCCCGCAGCCGAGGUCCAGAUCCGGGGCGACGCCGGCACCUGGCCCCUUCAGGUCGGAAUCAUCCCCAAACUCCCCGUGCCCCUCCUCCUGGGACGAGACUGGCCCGGAUUCCGGGUGGUACCGAGAGCCGGGCCCCGGAGAUCGCGGCGACGUGUGAAGGGGCAAGCAAGGAUUGACAGGGUGGGCCCCAUCGUCCGGGAGGCUGGCCUGACAGCGAACCCAAAGAAAUGUCACCCAGGGCUGACGGAAGCCCAGUACCUGGGAUACCGUAUCGGACGGGGAAUGCUGAAGCCCCAACUAAAGAAGAUCGAGGCUGUGAAGGACUAUCCGCGUCCGACAUCGAAAAACCAGAAGGCACAAGCGCGGACGAGACCGCCGGAUAGUGAGAGUCGCACACACGGAGGACGCCGGCCCGGGAAAACCCCCGCCCCGCCUCGGGAAUCCCGCCUCCGCCACGAGUAGACUCCGCCGGCCGCCACGCCUCCACAAAACCCCGCGCUUAUCCACUUAUAACCCAUUUACUUCACCCUAGCCACAAUAAACCACCGCUUACAACCAUC